AUGCUUUCUGAUUGUGGGAUGACUGAACUGUCAAGUAAAGGGAACAUGUUUACCUGGGGAGGAAUGAGACACACUUGGUGGAUUCAAAGUAGAUUGGACAGAUGUUUUGGAAACAAGGAAUGGCUAUCCAUGUUCCCUGCCUCGAAUGAAAUAUUCUUAGACAAGAGAGGAUCGGAUCAUCGGCCUGUUUUGAAUUUGGAGUUUCUCUUGGAUGAAAACGGAGUGGCCCAAAAGUCAGAAGCAGCGAAAGGAGAGGUAGCUACGGUGUACUUCAAGGAGUUAUUUUCCUCGUCUAACCCUACCAAUUUCACGGAAUGGUUUGCAGAUUUUGAGCCUAGAAUAUCAGAGAGGAUGAACGAUGCCUUGAUAAGGGUAGUCACAGAUGCAGAGAUAAAAGAGGCUGUUUUCUCAAUCAAGGCGUCGAGUGCACCAGGUCAUGAUGGGAUGACUGAUCUCUUCUUUCAGCACUAUUGGAGUACAAUUGGAGUUCAGUCUGCGUUUGUGGCGGAUAGAUUGAUCUCGGACAAUAUAAUUAUUGCACAUGAAGUGAUCCAUGUUCUUCGUACUCAUCCAGUGGUGUCGGAAGAGUAUAUGGCACUGAAAUCUGACAUGUCAAAGGCUUAUGACAGAGUGGAGUGGUCGUACCUGAGAUCUCUGUUAGAAGCGCUUGGGUUCCACCAACGAUGGGUGGAGUGGGUAAUGUUUUGUGUAUCGUCGGUCUCUUUCUCGGUUCUGAUAAAUGAUCAGCCGCAUGGGAUUAUAACGCCGCAGAGAGGGCUGAGAGAGGGAGAUCCUCUCUCUCCCUUUCUUUUUGUGCUGUGUACUGAGGGUUUGACUCAUCUUUUAAACAGAGCAGAAAGACUUGGGCUAAUUGAAGGAAUAAGAUUUAGUGAAGAGGGUCCGGCCAUCCAUCAUCUUCUUUUUGCGGACGACAGUUUGUUCAUGUGUAAGGCUACUGACCAGCAAUGUUUUGCACUGAAGGGCACUCUUAAGAUCUAUGGUGAAGCAACGGGUCAAACGGUUAAUCCCAGUAAGUCUUCAAUCACUUUUGGAGCUAAGAUAGCCAAGGAUCAAAAGUUAAGGAUCAAAGCAGAAUUGGGUAUUUCAAGAGAAGGAGGGUCCGGUACUUACCUUGGUUUACCGGAAUGUUUUAGUGGAUCCAAGAUUGAUCUCCUGAGCUAUAUUAAUGACGGUGUGCAGAAGCAGAUCUCAAACUGGUAUUCACGGAUUUUGUCUCCGGGAGGUAAAGAAAUUCUGCUCAAAUCAGUUAUAUCGGCGAUGCCAGUCUAUGCUAUGUCUUGUUUCAAACUUCCUAAAGGUUUAUGUGCAAAGGUGAGAAGUGCCAUGGCUAGUUUCUGGUGGAACUCAGAGGAAGACAAGAGAAAGACACAUUGGAUUAGUUGGGAAAGGAUGUGUCUCCCAAAACAUAUGGGAGGAAUGGGGUUCAGAGAUAUAGAAGAUUUCAACCAGGCCCUGUUAGCUAAACAAGCGUGGAAGGUGCUUCAGGAGCCAGAAAGUUUAUUGGUGAAAUUUCUUAAAAGCAGAUAUUUUAGUUCGACCUCUUUCCUGGAAUCAAUCAUAGGAAGCCGUCCAUCUUAUGCUUGGAGAAGUAUCAUUUGGGGAAGAGAGCUGUUGGUGAAGGGUUUGAGAAAGCGAGUGGGUAAUGGAAACACGCUAAGAGUUUGGUUUGACCCCUGGAUUGUGGAUGAAGGCUUAAGAGCCCUUUGGAGAUUAACAAAUCCGUUUCAGGUAAAUCUCUUAGCCAAGGAUCUCAUAGACCCCUACUCAAAACGAUGGGAUUUGGCCAAAUUGGGGGAUAUAUUCUUUGAGGAAGAUAUGCGGAGGGUUCUAGAGUUCCAACCGGUAACAGAAAGUGAAGAUUUUUGGGUCUGGAUGCACAAUCAAAGUGGUGAGUAUUCUGUUAAAUCAGGGUACUGGCUAGCUUCAAAGAUCAACCAAGCGGAUAUACAGAGAGAGGCUGUGAUGAAACCUUCUCUAAAUAUUCUCAAAUCGGAAGUGUGGAUCAUCCCUACUACUCAGAAAAUUAGAAUUUUCUUAUGGAAGGCCCUAUGUGGAGGAAUUGCAGUUGGAGACAAGAUGGAAGAAAGAGGAAUGAAGGUUCAGAAUGUAUGUCAAGCAUGUGGCUUAGAUGGUGAAUCCAUAAAUCACCUUUUCUUUACUUGCUCAUUCUCAAGACAAGUGUGGGCUCUUAGCAUUCUACCUAUGCCCAAGUCAGGUUUUUCAGAGUCUGUCUAUGCGAAUAUCAGUUACCUUUUGGAGCAGAGAAAGAAUGAAGAGCUGCCACAAGAAGUAAGAAGAAGGCUUCCAUGGGUAAUUUGGUUCCUUUGGAAAAACCGGAAUGAUCUUGCCUUCCAAAGCCAUCAAUUCAACGCUAUGGCCACGAUGGAGAAGAUUACGGAAGAAGCAGAGCUAUGGUUUUUGGCUCAGGAAGUUGAUAAAAGUUGUGAGAUUCUGGCUCCGGUCUUGCAUCAGAGUGAAGUUAAAAGGUGGAGACCUCCACCGGUCCCCUGGUUGAAGUGCAACGUUGGUUGCUACUGGGAGAAAGGGUCAAGUAAAGGAGGAAUGGCUUGGGUCAUUCGUGAUGGGUCUGGGUCUGUUUUGUUGCAUAGUAGAAGAGCUUUUGCUAAUGUUAACAGCAAACUCGACUGUAACUUCUUAGGUGUUUUAUGGGCUUUGGAAAGUUUGAGGACCCAUGGUGUAUCGACGGUGGUUUUGGCCGCGGAAGAUUCGGUGGUGUGUGGGGUUUUGGAAAGACCAAAAGCGUGGCCCUCUUUUAAGAAGCAAGCGUUGGAGUUUUCUUCGGUGAUAUCCUGUUUUGAGAGUCUGAAAGUUGAGCUGGAACCGAGAUGUGCUAAUAGAGGGGCUUUCCUCAUAGCCAAAGUGUUAUCAGAGGUGAUCUUCGCCAUUCCUACGUUGCGACGGGUAGUCCCUCUUGGUUGA